AUGGGUCGUACCACACUCUCUCAUUUACUUUUACUUUCGCUCUCUUUGACACAGGCUUCGCGAGCCCAACUCUCGAGUUGCCCUUCUGCAGCAGAGAACAUCGUCACUCCCGAUGGCUCAGCUACCUACUCGGUCUGCCAGCAGACCGACUACAGGGGAACUACAACUAAGUUUGUCGACACCGUAGCGACCCUAUUCGACUGCGCGCAGGCUUGUAGUCAAGAUGCUCAAUGCACGCAGGCGGUCUACGACAAGGCCAAUUUCGGUUGCCAUCUCAAGGCCAAGGAUGGCCUCAACUGGGCGGCCGACAAUAAAUUUACGACCAUCAAGCUGGUCUCCAAGCUCACAAAGGGUGUCGCCAUCCAGUCUUGCCCGACUACUGCGACGAAUGUGACUGCCACUGGGUCUACCCUAGCCACUUGCCCGAACACGGAUUAUCAGGGCGACACUAUCCGGGCUGUUGGCGGCACCACAUCGCUCCAGGCAUGCGCUCUUGAGUGUGGCCAAGCGUCCGACUGCUUCCGAGCCGUUUUCCAAAAUUCGACUUCUCAGUGCUACAUCAAGGCGGACCCCAAGGCACUGCAAUGGACGUACCAGCCCGGCUUCGACUCCGUGAGCAAGCUAUCCGUUCUCGCUGACGGUGUUGGCAUUAACAGUUGCCCGAGCGGCUAUACCAACAUCACCACGCAGAACGGCGCCAGCUUCGCGACCUGCAAGAACGCUGACUUCACAGUCCCAAGCGUCAACGUCGUCGGCGGCGUCGCGUCUGUCGCAGCCUGCGCAGAAAGCUGCACCAUGAACCAGAACUGCGCGUAUGCCGUUUACGACGCGCAGAACCAAGUCUGCCACAUUAAGGGGACCGUCACCGCUGCAUCUGACUGGAAGUUCAACAGGCAAUUCACCUCGCUAAAGAUGAUCAAGACCAGCACCUCCAAGGCGACGUCCAAGAUCGGCCGCUGGUCCGACCCCUCCUCGGCUCGCCUCCUCGUCUUCUCGUCCUGGGGCGAUCGCGCCUUCAGCGGGCCCACGGGCAUCACGCAGUUUGCAGACUACAACUUCCUCACGGGCGCUGUUUCGCAACGAACCGUCACGAACACCAAGCACGACAUGUUUUGUCCCGGGAUCAGCUCUCUCGCUAGCGGGAAGAUUAUAAUCACCGGCGGCGAGAACGCCGAGGCCGUGAGCGUCUACGACCCCGCCACCAACCAGUUCACCCGCGCCGCCGACAUGGUGAUUGCGCGCGGGUACCAGACGUCGGCCACAUUGUCGGAUGGCCGAAUCUUCACCAUCGGCGGCUCUUUCACGGGCCCCCAAGGAGACAAGACGGGUGAAGUCUACGAUCCGGCCAAGAACAGAUGGACGCUUCUUCAGGGGACUGACCCGACUCCGCUGUUGACGACGGACCGUGAAGGUAUCUGGCGCACCGAUAACCAUGCCUGGCUCUACGGUUGGCGCAACGGCUCCGUCUUCCAAGCCGGCCCGAGCAAGACGAUGAACUGGUACCGCACCAACGGCGCCGGCUCCGUCUCCGCGGCGGGCGUCCGCACCACCGCGAUGGACCAGAUGUGCGGCGCCAACGUCAUGUACGACGUCGGGAAGAUCCUCGCCGCCGGCGGGAGUCAGGACUACACGGACAGCGACGCCACGAAAGCCGCCCAUCUUAUCUCGAUUACCGACCCCGGCGUCCCCGCGACCGUCGAGACCCUUCCCGACAUGAAUUUCGCCCGUGGCUUCGCCAACGCCGUCGUGCUGCCGGACGGCAAGGUCGUCGUGACAGGCGGCCAGCCGAGAUCCCUCGUCUUCACCGACACCAACGGCGUCCUCGUUCCGGAGCUCUGGGACCCAAAGACACGCGCCUGGACGCCGAUGGCUGCCGCCGCGGUGCCCCGCAAUUACCACUCCGUCAGCAUCCUCCUUCCGGACGGCACCGUCUUCGUCGGCGGCGGCGGCAUGUGCCCCGCCGCGCAGGGAAGCGACCUCUCCUGGUGCGAUCGCGCCAAGGAUCACUUCGACGGCGAGGUCUUUUCGCCGCCGUACCUGUUCACGGCCGCGGGCGAGCUGGCUCUGCGGCCCGUUAUCUUGAGCCUUUCGCAGACCACGGUCAAGGUCGGGACCUCCAUUACGGUCGCGCUCGAGAGCGGGCUGGAUGUUCCUUCCUUCGCACUGGUGAGGAUGGGUAACGCGACGCACAGCAUCAACUCGGAUCAGCGCCGCGUGCCGCUGACUGACGUGACCAAGUCCGGCGGGAGCAAUUACACGCUGAGACUGCCGAACGACUCGGGCGUUCUCAUCCCUGGUCCUUGGUAUCUUUUCGCGUUGUCCAAGGAGGGUGUGCCCAGUAUGGCGAGAACCGUUUACAUCCCUGCUUGA